GUUUUGGUGCCAGGAAACCAUCAAAAUAUUAUGGAGUGAACCCUUCAAAUUGCUAUACACGUGCAAGAAAAAGCAAUGCCAUUGUUCGCCCGAGAAACGAAGAUCUCAAGCAGCGAAUCUGCUAUUGACUUAUCUUUCGUGUCUUUUGCAUAAAUAUAAAGAUCCCUGUCUUCAACAUGAUCCUACAUUAAAACUUCCACCUCCUCCGUUAUUCGAAUAUAUCGAUUAUCUGAAGGGUUUGGAUUUAAACGAAUUAUAUUCAGCUGUAGAAGAUUGGACGAAAAUUUCUAAACAGAGACCUCGGUCACCAGUAAUCUCAAAAGUAUUCAAAGAGAUAUGUUACUUUUAUGAAGGACAUUGUAAAGAUGAUCGAGAUGUAACAUUGGAUUAC